AUGAGAGUGUACCAACUACUAUUCCUCAUCAUUACUCAACUCGUUCAAUUGGCAUUUGCAAAAGUCUUAUCCACAGCCAAACCGACGACUCCAUAUCGAAAAGUAUUUUUCAACUAUCAAAAUAAUGCCGUAUGUUUAUACGCCAACGAUACAGUUCACACUCAAUUUGAAAUUGAAUUUGAUUUAGCAAGAGAUAAUGAAACUAUCCCCGUAUUGAUUUUCAAUUAUCGUGAUUUGAUCAAGUUUAAGAAUGUGCCCAAUUUCAAUGAAUUUUUAAACCAUACUUAUCUUAAUGACCAAGUGAAUGAUCAAGGUGAGGGACUGAGUUUGCUUCUUGUUGAUGAAGUUCAUAAACUGGUUGAUUUCAAUUUACAAAUGAAUCAAGUGGGUAAGUCGUUACCGAAACUGGUUUGGUAUGAUGUUGUGACUAAUGAAACGAGUUUUAUCAGUUAUGGAGUCAAUGAACCGGGUACUUAUUGUAUCUAUAUGCCAUUAUAUUCCUUUGAUGGAAAUCUUAUCCAUCCAACUAAUUACAAAGCGCAAUUAUCAGUGGAAGAAUUUACCCCCAUUAGUGUAUUUCAUGAUAUUGCCACAUCGUUAAAUAUUGUCAUUAUGUUUGGUUCAACUUUAGUUGUAUUGAGUUAUUUGUAUCCGGCGAUUAGAGCUAGGAAAUUUGACAAAUUACCACCAGUGGUCCAACAAUUGACGCAAUUGUUGAUUGUUUAUGUUGGGUUCACAUUGAUUCAAUUUGCUCUUCGCUUGAUUUAUUUAUUUGUCCCCAAUGAUUUCAUUUACAGUUUUACUGAAGAUUAUUUUGGAUAUUUUGCUAAUGUUUUGUUGAACAAGUGGCAAAAAUUUAUCAUAUCUCAAGUUUAUUUUGGAUUGGGAUACAUCAAUGUUCCUGAAUCACUAAAAACCAUUAGAAUUUCAAAAUUGAUUUUUCAAUUGGCAUUUAUUGUUAAUUUAGUUGCUAUAUUUGUCUUGGAUAAUUGUAUCGAUAUACCCAUUCCAUUAACUAGUAUACUCAUUAAUCAAGAACGUUAUCUGAUUUACAAGAAAUCGAUUUUGGUCAAUGAAUAUUAUGCUAAUAUUGUCAUUAAUCAAAAUUCAGAUUUACUCAAGUACCUAUUCAAAUAUGGAUCACAAACCCAAUUACUCUGUGGAUUUUUAAUGCAGGUAGUACGACUUGUAUGUGGAUUUCAAUUAGCUUGGAAAUUAAGGAGGUCCCGUAAAUUGGCCAAACCAAUGAUUGUCACCAUCAUGAUUCAUUUAAUUGCCUGGACGUUAUUUGGUAAACAAUCGGUUUAUGUUGCUUUUAUUCGAUUGAAUAUUGGUGGUGUUUUUGAUGUAGGUGAAUUGUUGAGUAAUAUUGGUCAAUUAUUGGAAACUUAUGAAGUUAAAUGGAUGGCACUUUCGUUAGUGGAGAUUUUGAUGAUUUGGUUUAUUUGGUCAACUAAUAAACCUUAUGAUUAUGCCGUUGUUGUUGAAGAAGAGAAAAAGAAGAAGGACAAGGGAGCUAAGAAGGAGAAGAAGGAUAGUCAUGAAAAGAAGAGUAAAGACAAAAAGAAGGCGAUUGACGAAAAGAAGGCGAAGAAGGACGAUAAGAUUAAAGAUACAAAGAAGGUCACUGAUGAGAAGAAGGUGGUUGCGGUAAGUGGUGAAGAUAAAUAG